AUGGAGACGACCAAGCUGCCUCCGUCCAGCCCGUCCUCGCCGACCACCAGCUUCUCGGUGCCGUCCGCGGAGAAGGUGGACGGGUUCCCGCGCAGGUCGAUGCGCAGAGCCCGACAGAGGAGGUCCCACAGCUCGUCCCAGUUCCGCUACCAGAGCUCCCAGGUGGAGCUCACCCCGCUGCCCCUGCUCAAAGACGCCCCGGUGGCAGAGUUACACGACCUGUUCUGCAAGAAGCUGCAGCAGUGCUGCGUGCUGUUUGAUUUCCUGGACUGCGUGGCUGACCUGAAGGGGAAGGAGAUCAAACGUGCGGCGCUCAACGAGCUGGUGGAGAGCGUGGCCACAAGCAGAGGAGUCCUCAUAGAGCCUCUGUACCCAGAGGCUAUAAAGAUGAUCUCGGUAAAUAUCUUCCGGACUCUCCCACCCAGCGAGAAUCCAGAGUUUGACCCAGAGGAAGACGAGCCGACACUCGAAGCCUCCUGGCCGCACCUGCAGCUCGUGUACGAGUUCUUUCUGCGAUUCCUGGAGAGCCCGGACUUCCAGCCCUCCAUGGCUAAACGCUACGUUGACCAGAAGUUUGUCCUGCAGCUCCUGGAGCUGUUUGACAGCGAGGACCCCAGGGAGAGGGAGUACCUAAAGACCAUCCUGCACCGUGUCUAUGGAAAACUACUGGGCCUCCGAGCCUACAUCCGCAAACAGAUCAACAACAUCUUCCUCAGGUUCAUAUAUGAAACUGAGCACUUCAACGGAGUGGCGGAGCUUCUGGAAAUCCUCGGCAGCAUCAUAAAUGGCUUCGCCCUGCCCCUGAAGGCUGAACACAAGCAGUUCCUGGUCCGGGUUCUCAUCCCGCUACACACAGCAAAGUCCCUUUCCAUCUUCCACGCACAGCUGGCCUACUGUGUGGUGCAGUUCAUGGAGAAAGAUGCUACAGUGACUGAAUACAUCAUCAGAGGGCUGCUCAAGUACUGGCCAAAAACCUGCACGCAGAAAGAGGUGAUGUUCCUGGGGGAGAUUGAGGAGAUCUUGGAUGUGAUCGAACCAUCUCAGUUCAUCCGGGUGCAGGAGCCGCUCUUCAAACAGAUCGCAGCCUGUAUCUCCAGCCCUCACUUCCAGGUAGCGGAGCGGGCUCUUUACUUCUGGAACAACGAGUACAUCCUCAGUCUGAUAGAGGAGAACUGUCAAGUCAUCCUGCCGCUGGUAUUCGCCACCCUCUACAGAGUCUCCAAGGAGCACUGGAACCAGACCAUUGUGUCUCUGAUCUACAACGUGCUGAAGACCUUCAUGGAGAUGAACAGCAAGUUGUUUGAUGACCUCACUGCCUCCUACAAAGUGGAGAAACAGAAGGAGAUGAAGCGAGAGAGGGAGCGUGCAGAGCUCUGGCGAGGCCUGGAGGAGCACCAGGAACGCCGGAUGCAGAUGCUUACCGAGGCUGCCAGGAACCAGCGCAACCUCCAGGAGCGAGGCGAGAGAGGGGACCCGCCGACCCCUUCGUCCCCGCAGACGGCUCACUCUGACCAGCCCGAGCCAAAGCCCAGCGGGGCCUCUUCCUCCUCCUCCGGAGGUGGGGAGAGCGCCACCUAGGUGCUACUCCACAUGUAUUGGAUAACACAGGGGUUAGGGGACAGGGAGAAGACAUGAGGUUGAUGGUGAAAAUGUUGGGAGAGGUCAGACAGGAAAGGUGCAAAACAGAUCUUUUUAUCUUGUAUCACUGAGGGGGUGGCUUUUUGUGAAAAAGUGUGCAAACUCAGUGAUCCGAGGUAAAGACUGUACCUUUUUUCUGACAGAGUUGUGUGAAACUGGUUCACUUUUUGCUGUACACACAUCAUGUUGCAGAUCAGAAGAUGAAUAUUGUCCAAAAGUGCUGACUGUCGUUUUAAUUAACGGCUGGUGUAUCAAACUGCAGGUCAGUACCCAAAAUUGGUAGCUGUCCUGCUUCAAAUCAGCCUGAAAAUAAGAGAUCAAAUUUCUCUUUUGGUGCAACACUAACCAAGUUUAACAUGUGUCUAACUUGUCUUGAUAUUUAACCAACCGAGUCAGAGUCUGUACUGUGGCCUCGUAUUUAUCUUUUGGUCAGAGAUGCUUAUUUCAUGCGUGGAUAGCACAAUGCAUUAAUAAACAAAAGAAGCAAUUUCACACAAAUGUCCCAAAAUUAUUCCGGCACAGACCAGACACGCAAACCCUCUCUGACACUCACACACACACACACACACACACACACAGGUACAUAUUUAGUGUAAAUAUGAGAAGACAGAGAGAGAGUGUAUCCAGGUCAGACAAAUCUCACACACCAACAAUCGAUUGAUUGAUGCACCAAAAUAUUUCCCACUGUUUCUUUUUGGCACACACUCACAUUCAUGCAGACACAUGGACGCGCACACACACACAGACACACACACACACACACACACAGCUGGUUCUGGUGCUAACUCCUCUCCCAUUCUGUCGGGUUCCACCAAAGGACGAGCCUAAAGUCCCUCAAGGUUAAAUAACCACUGAUGAAGAUGAUGAUAAUGAUAUAAAGUACAAUACUGUUCCUUCUUCUUACUUGUUACUCUACUACUACUACUCUACUCUAAGUACUACUGAUGAUGAUGAUGAUGAUAAUGUUUUUAUAUAUAUAUACAUAUGUCUCUGGAUAUUUCUGUAGUGUAUUAUGGGAGAAACACUAGUGUAGCAGAUACCAUAAAGGGGAAGGCCGGCUCGAAUUCUGAAUUCACAUCACAUCUUAACUGUAUGAGGCCAUAAUGUGAGUGCUGAAAUUCAGCGGAAUUCCCCUUUAACAGACCUUAAAGAGGGGAGGAAUGAACUGGAUCAGCUGCGGCUGUUUUUCUUUUCUUUUGAAAUUUUGGAUG